GUAUUGAUAUGACGAUCGCAGUUAUAUAUAAAAAAGUGUUGUAAUUAAAAAAAUAGUCAUUUGAAAAAACGAUCGAGAUCAUGAUCAUUAACAUGUUUCGAGUUUUUACCGCGUUUUUAUUUAUCAGUGUAGUUUAUGCUAAGCAUGAGAUCUAUGACGGAGCAUCAGUAUAUGAAGUUCAAGUUGAAAAUAAAGCCCAAUCUAAGGUGGUGUCUACGCUAGAAGAACAACUAGGUCUCGACAUUUGGUCGCGCCCUGGACCGUCGCGGUCCGGUAUGGUCCUUGUGCCCAAGAACUCAAAGGAAGAAUUCGCUUACAAGCUGCGACUAGCCGGCAUCAAAUUCCAAACUUCGGUCGACAACGUUAAAGAACAAUUGGAGAUAGAAGACCGUCUUUUGGCCGCUGCCAGUGAUAAAAUCUCCUACGAUCGUAGUAAUAAAGCUGCUCUGCCACUGAAUAGAGUGUACAGAUGGCAAGAAGUUGAAAAUCACAUGGUGCAGUUGGCACAGACUUAUCCCGACAAAGUGACUCUUGUGAACGGAGGCCCGACCUACGAAGGAAGGCCUGUCAACUACCUGCGUGUAUCCACUACCAACUUCCAGGAUCUCAGCAAGCCCGUGGUGUUCAUAAUGUCCCUGCUGCACAGCCGCGAGUGGAUCACUCAGGCCGCCACACUGUAUGCACUAGACCAACUUCUCGUCAACAACACAGAGAGUGACCUCAUCAAUGACAUCGACUGGAUCAUCAUGCCCACAGCCAAUCCUGAUGGCUACAUAUUCAGCCAUGACUCUGAUCGUUUCUGGAGGAAGAACCGUAAAUAUGGCCGACGUUGUAUGGGCGUCGAUCUGAACCGGAAUUAUGACAUAAACUGGGGCACCGAAUCAAGCGAUUCACCUUGCUAUGAGGAUUACCACGGUACAGAACCAUUCUCCGAACCAGAAUCGGUCGUCACUAAGAAAAUCUUGGAGGAACACCAAGACCGCAUCCAGCUGUUCCUGGACAUCCACAGUUACGGAAGCUAUGUUCUCUAUGGCUACGGAAACGGUGAGCUCCCACCCAAUGGCGAGGCCUUGUCUUCCGUCGGAGUCUUAAUCGGAGACGCUAUUGACGCAGCGAAAUUGAUAAACAAUCCGAAUUAUACGGUUGGUAAUCUAGCGCAGACGCUAUACCCUGCUUCGGGUGGCUCUCAAGACUACGCCCUGAGUGUGGGUGUCCCUUACUCAUACUGCCUGGAGUUGCCCGCUUUUAGGGGUAGUUCAUCGAUUACCGGGUUCUUGGUGGACCCUGAGUUUAUAGAGCAGGCUGGCUACGAGACCUGGGAAGGGAUCAAGGCUGGUGCACGAUACGCACUGAACAAUUACAGAAUGAGGAAAGAAAUACAAAUUACAGUUUAGAUUUGUAAAAUAUUUCAAUAUAUACAUAUUUAAAUAACCUUUCCUCAUUAGAAAUGGAAUACGAAACUAUUAUUCAUUUUCUUAUUCACUCGGGAGCAUUGAAUAAGUUUCAAUGACUAUUGCACCAAAUUAAACCCAUACGGUAUAUAUGCUUCGCUUCUGAUAAGAUUAUCAACUAAAAAAUUUAAUUGGUGAAAAAACUUUUCAUCGCUCUUUACUGUUACCAUUAAUAAACAGAAUUAAAUAUCAAAA